UGGAUCAAGAGGCUAAAUGUGAUUAAAGGGCUAGCCAAUGCAUUGUGUUACAUGCACCAUGAAUGCUCAACCCCUAUAAUUCACAGGGAUAUUAGUAGCAACAAUGUUUUAUUGGAUUUAGAGUAUGAGGCUCAUGUCUCUGACUUUGGCACUGUUCGGAUUUUGAAGCCUGACUCCUCCGUCCGGUCCUUAGUUGCUGGUACCUUUGGCUACAUUGCUCCAGAGCUGGCUUACACAAUGGAAGUGAAUGAAAAAUGUGAUGUUUAUAGCUUUGGUGUUGUCACAAUGGAAGUACUCAUGGGAAGACAUCCAAGUGAUUUGAUAUCUGCUUUAUUAUCGCAAUUGGCACCAUUACCGUCUUCAACACCACCAAACUGGCGGCAAAUGUUGAUCAAAGAUCUAAUAGACCAAAGACUAUUAGUUCCAACAGGUGAGGCAGCUGUGCAUGUGGCCUCCACCGUGAGGCUAGCACUUGUAUGCUUGCAAGCCAAUCCUCAAUAUCGACCAACCAUGCGACAAGUUUCUCAGGCCCUUACCAGUGAGUGGCCUCCAUUGCCAAAGCCCUUCUCCAUGAUAACAUUGGAAGACUUGGUGGGGCAAGAUUUGUGGGGCUGAGGUGUUGUGUGUAAAAAAGCUAGGUUUUUCCAUUUGCGUUUCUAGUUCGAUGAACUAUGUCUCUUGCUUGUGAUUAUUUUCUUAAUCCUUUGUACUUUUUCUUUUCCCCUUUUUUUCUUUGGCUGAAACUUAAUCCCUUGUACUUGUUCUUCUUCAUCCCUGGGGAACGCAUUCUAUAUGAUGUUACCAAUAUUUGUCCAAUCUUGACACAAGCUAUCGAUUCACAUUAAAAAAUAAAUUAGGGCAAUAAGCCCGCCAAUUAUCUACAGCUCAAGCUACUCAUAAUUGGUAGUCAACUUGGCUUUCUUAAGCCCAACAAAUCCGAAUGUUAGAAGUUUCAAUGAUGUUACUAACUAAAAAAGAGCAUAAAAAUACCAAAAUUUUUCAAGAUAGCCAAUCAAAUGGCUGUCUUGGAACUGUGAUUGUAAUGCAGGUUGUCAUCCAACCCCAGCAAUAAUAUGAUGCUUCUAAUUCUGAACUAGAGCAGGAAAAUACAAUAUUUAAUCCAUUCCAUUUCUUGAGGGAGAAGCAAAAAGCAAGGAUGUGUUGGUUUCUCCAAUACCAAAUGAGAUGGACAAGGCCACUCUUACCGGCAUCUUUUUGAAGCAGUCAAAGGCAAGAAAGCGUCAUCAAAAGUGGGAUCUGGUUCAUUGACAUUAAGCGUUAAAGGUGCAACUCCCUACAAUAAUAUACCGGGGAAAAAAAU